UUAGUGACUAUUCACUAUUUGCUAGUGAAAAGUAUAUCACUAAUUCAAAUACUGGUAUACUCUGCACUAGCAAUAAGUGACUAUUCACUGCCAAAUAGUGAUUUUCACUAUUUCGUUUUUAGAGAGUAAUAAUUAUCGCCUUUGUUUGGUGUUUUAAUAAUAACAUACUUUACAGAAGGCAUCAAAUAGAAUCGAAACAAUGGAAACCAUGCAGAAAACACCGAUAGCGACUCAUCGGAAAACUUUAGAUUUAACCUAUUCAAUUUUGAGGUUGUGUGGUUGCUGGGUUUAUGAUUCAGAUAAAUUAUCAUUAAAAUUGAUCAAUGUUUUAGUCAGAUUUAUAAAUUGGAUAAUUGUCACAGUUAUAUUAAUAGCUCUGUUUAUUGAUAUGACUCAAAACAUAAAUAAUAUUGAAGCCGUCAGUGAUGUAAUUGGAUUUUUCGCGCCAUUGAUUGUUACGCUAUUAAAAAGUAUUAUAUUACAAGUGUUGCAAAAAGAUAUAUACAGCCUUAUUAAUUCAAUUCAUAAACCAAUUGAAAGAUUACGAUAUUCAUCUGAUUUGGGAGUAUUAACAACAAUACGUACAGCUAUUUAUUAUCAAAAUUUCGACUUUACACUAUUUUCUAGUGUCUUAAGUGUUGUAACAAUAGUGAUAUUCUUUAUAUCAUCGGAAGUCUCAGAUACAGGUUUAGCUAUGCGAGGAUAUUUUCCUCUCAACGAAACAGCUUCACCGAUAUUCGAAAUAAUAUUUUUCAUGCAACUUUGGACAGUAUUUAUAAAUUGUGUUUGGGUUGCCCUAUUUGAUUUAUCACUGCUCGGAUUAAUAAGGUGGAUAAAUGUACAAAUACACAUAUUACAAUAUAAUUAUAAAAAUUGUGAUCCGAGUAUUUCAAAACGUGACACUUUAAUAAUGUCGAAUGAUACUUAUUUAAAAAUCGAAAAUUAUCAUUUCUUUAAAGUGCCAAGUAAACAAUUUGAAAUAAAUUUAUUUGUUCCAUUCAAAACGAGUGAAAUGAAUAUUGUCGAUGAUUCAUUUAUAUUAAGAUUUAAAACAUGUAUGAAGCAUCACCAACGAAUAAUUAAAAGUAUUGAUAAUUACAACACGAUAUUUAGUUUUGUUCUUUGUGUACAAAUAAUAACUACUAACGCUGUUGCAUGUUUUUAUCUAUAUGAAACUGCUUGGGCAAUAAAACACAAUAAAAAUUAUCUAAAAUGCUUCGUUAUGUUUGGAUCAGUCAUGGUCGAGUUAUUUUACUACUGUAUUUUUGGGAGCCAAUUGAUUACUCAUGCAGAAAUGCUACGACACAGUCAAUAUGAUUCACUUUGGCACAAUUUUCUCAAUCGUCAAGUUCGCGACCUUAUGGUUAAUGCAUUAGUGAUAUCUUUGAAACCGCUUGAAAUUAAAGCUGGAUAUUUUUUUAUUUUUUCGGUUGAAACUUUUGUGUCGGUAUUACAGAAAUCGUAUUCAUAUUUUGCCAUCCUCAACUCGCUGAUGGAAUAAAGACUUUCAAUCAUUUGUACUUCGAAUUCGACAGCAAUCAACGUCACAUUGUAAUAAUAAUGAUAAUAAUAGUAUGUAAAUGAAUAUAUUUAAUAGCAUUAUUUAUCAAUGCGCACACGAUUGUCAUAAAUUCACAUAUAAUCUGUAAAAAUGACUUUAAUAAAUG